GCAGCCAGUAAUUCCUGGACCUCCCGCUAGAGCGCAAUGUUUUGAGUUCCAAAGAUCUGUAACAAAUCCUUACCUUACCGUAUGCGUUGUGCGUCCGGUUCUCCGAUCAUCGUCGAGUUGUAACCGUAUGUGCUGUCGCCGUCACUCUAUUGCCGUCCCUCAUUUCCGUCGUCGGUCUCACACACGUUAACACGUCCCUCGCAUUGCCAUGGACGUCAACCUGCUGCUAUUCCAGCACUGGCAAUAUGCGUUACCUAUGGGUGUUGUGCUCGUAGGCGCGAUCCUCGUUUUCGUCUUCGGUUUCAAAAAGGCUGAACAACCACCUUUUGCACAACUCUCGGUGGGUUCCGACGUGGACCGGAAAUUUGCCAACAAGAAACGCAGCAAGAUCAAAGAAAAGAGGUCUGCUAAUGGCCAGGUAUCGACGGAAAAAGCAAGUCCUGUUAAAAAAUCUGUACCAACAAAAUCGGAAAACACAAAGAAAUCUACUUCUAAAGUUGAUGAUAUUGAUGGAAAGUUGAAAGAACAGAAACAGGAUGAUAAUAAAACUACAUUGAACAAGAAGGACAAGGAUCAAAUUGUAGCAAAGGCUGGAAAAGAAAACAAGGCUGAACAAGCAAAGAAUAAGAAGAACUUGAAGAACUUGUUUCUAGAGAAACCAGUGGACUUUGAUGAAGGAGAUUGGGAGCAGGCUUAUUCAAGGAAGGAUAAAAAAAAUAAGAAGAAAGAAGAAGAAUCACCCUCAAAGAAAAAUAAGAAAAAUGCAAAGAAGGCUGCUGAUUUGAUUAAUGAAGUGGUAGCUAAACAAAAAGAACCUGAAAAAAUUGAAAUUAAAGACAAAGUUGCCAAAGAAACUGAAAAUAAUGAAUUGAAAGAAAAGGAGAAGAAAGAUGUAGUUCUUAUUCCUAUCUCCAAUGAAGAAAUAGCAAAGGAGGCUGAAGAUCAAAAGAAGGAGGAACAGCCUAAGGUAUUUUAUAUAUUAUUUGUAUAUAUUACUAUAUUGUAUUAUUAUAAUAAUUUAUUUCAAUCUCUGUUUAAGAUUGAAAAGGUAGAAAAAGAAGAGAAAAAAAAUGGGAAACCCAAGAAAGGUAAAAAAGUUUCCGAAAGUGAAAUUGCACCUGUAGCUAUUCCAAAGGUAGACGAUAAACUUCAGGAGCAAAAGACACAGAAGAAUGAAGAAAAUACAGAAAAAGUUUCCGACGAUGUUGAACAAAAAAGUCCUAAUGUUACGGAAACACAGGAGAAAAGUGGUCCUGUAUUUGACGAGCUAGGAGAUAUCUGGACAGAAGCUAAACCGCAAAAGAAAAGUAAAAAGAAAGCUCGUAAAGAUAACUGAGAGUAUUUAAAUGUAAUGAAAAUUAUAUUCCUUGUGAAGAGGAAUAAUGUGAGAGUCCUGCUUAGUCCAAACGACAUUUGUCAUUUCGGACUUAUCAGGUGCGUUUUAAGUGACUUACGAAUCAACCACCUGACCAAAUUGUUCCUUUCCCUUGUACAUAACGCCAAUGGGACUAGGUUGUUUGAUGGAUUAUGUUUGAUAGACUUCAUGACUGUAGGUGCAUAAGUGAAUGUAUGAAGAAAAAAUCUUUAUGUAUUAUUGAUUUUUUCAACAUACCACAAUGGUUUGCUUUAACAAAAGCAAUGCAUUUAACGAAAGAGGCAUAAGUCAUAAUUUUCUCUAUAAAAUAAUUAUUGUACACAUGUUACUCUUUCAAAAAUCUCCAUAUGUCCAUAUUUGACGGAUUAGUAUUCUAUGAUUUACAGCUAUAUCUAUAUUACAUAUUUAUAAGGUCUUCAUAUUAAUCUUACAUUAUUAACGAGAUGGUACUUAUGUCUUUUACGUUUUAUCCAGAAAUCUUAAACAGAGUGAUUUUGUUAGGCUAGUUAUGAUUUUCUAUCCUAACGAAUAGCACAUUCUUUUUAUCGUAUUCGUUAUAUACAUACACAUAUAUGUAUAUGUUAUAUGUAUAUAACGGAUGGUUGAAAGCUAAAACUUAGAAAGUAUGAGAUAUAUCCCAAAAUAGUAAAAUGCAGGACAAUCUCUACAUGAGGAAAAGUUUGCAUUACUGAUGUACAUGUCUUUUUCAAAGUAUAAAGAAAGAUAUUUUCUUAUAUCUGAUAGUGAGUAAUUUACUUCAGCAUAUAGAUCCGAAAUGAUAUGCUUUGUAACUAUGAACCAUAGGUAAUAUUUUAUUAUGGUAAGUACAUCAGUAAUGAAUUUUAAGGGUCGAUAUAAUGUAUUUAUAAGAAUAUGCAAAUCUGACAGAAUUUGUGCCAAGUUGUGAAACAAAAUAAAACAAGGUGCGACGAAAGUCAUUAAUUAU